AUGGAUUUCUCCAACUCGGGCGGGUUCCCCUCUCGCCGCUCCUACCCCAAUCUAAAUCACGUCUCGCUUGCUCCACUCACGCCACGGUUCCCCAUCGACGACGACAUCGAACCCGAAGACUACUUCAACAGCCGCCACGGCAACAACGACAACAACGAUGGCCACGACCACCUCGCCAGCGGUGCCAGAACCCCACCACGAACCUCCUAUCUCUCCAGCGUCUCGGUGCCCAGUACACCGCCCAUACUCUCACACUCACGCAGCUCAUCACGCACCCGCCACGCCCGAAGCAAAAGCUCCACUCGAGCAGCUCUACUGAGCGAUACAAAUCUACACAGUAAACAAGUCGCACUCGCAUUACACCACCAUCAAGCUUCGCACAAGAAACAGGCUAGUGCUUCGCACCCGCGACGCCAAUUCGGUGAUGCCGCCUCCUCCAAGUCCGAUGCGGAAUGGAUGCUUCGCGCAGGAAUAGCGCUCGCCUCAUCCACCCGCGAAGAAAAAGGCCAGAGCUGGCUCUCCAAGCGCGAGAGUUCAACUAGUCUCGUCGAUAUGUCCCUCGACGACGCCACGACUCCGCACUCCCAUCGCCACCACCACCGCACUAAAUCGGGCGCGUCAUUGCGCAAGUCUCGCUCGGGGACGUCCACGCCGGGCGGCUAUUCCCGUCGUAGCUCGCGAUCUCGUGGUGGUAGUCGACGUGGUAGUCGGGCAGGCUUGACUAUGACAACCAUCCCGCCGCUCUCAUCGGCUUCGUCUGUGGCGGCCGGGAAAGCGUCUAGUCCGGGUGUUGGUACUAUGAGUCCUGUAUCGUGUGGACGGGGCGAAGGAUUGGUACCUGAUUUUGUGGAUGAGAGUAUUCGCGCUGAAAUGGCGUCUUUGCAGCGGGAGCGAGGCUUCUCGGAUGAUGAGUCUGAGUUCUGGGAUGGUGAGGAUGAUAAUGAUUCGGAGUAUGACUCGUUUUCGGAUGAGGCGCCGGAUGAGUUUGAUGAGGCGGAUCUGCAGCGGCUUACCCGUGAACGUGGGUUUGGGCUGGGGAGUUGGAUUGAUCGGCUGGUUGAGUGGACGUUGUUCGGGGUCGAGGAGUGGCCGGCUACUGCUCCAGCUCCAGGUUCUACUGCUCCCGCUGCUACGCGGAUUGGAACGACUGCGACAUCGACGAUUGUCACUUUUGAGGAGGCUCCGAAUGUUACCGCUGAAGGGGAGAAUCGGGCCCAUGAUACAUUGUCAUUGGCCUCUGCUGAGGAUGAUGAAGGUGAUACACUCUCUCAUACGGAUGGCGAGUCCGUUGUUAGUGUUGAGAAGCCUGGUGCUCAAGGUGGAUGGGAAGACGCGAGUUGGCUUUUCCGAGUCAUGAAGCGUGCUUUGGUAUGA